AUGGAUGUCUCGGCACACUCGGAAUACGCAGUUUUGAUACAGGUUUUAAAAAUGGUGAAAGAAGACUGGACGAGAUCAAAAACAGAGGAGGAACAAAGAAUUAUGAUAAGACGCGCGCAAACUGCACGCCUGAUAAUGAAAUGGGGAUACUUCGUCAUUUUCAUCUCGUACAUUCUGGUUGUGAUCUUUCCCAGCUUCGGUAUAUUCUUGAGAUACCUGACGAAUAUUACCGAUCCGGGCCGAUUAAUGCCUCUGCAGACUUAUUACAUGUACAACACAAAUGAGAGUCCGCUUUACGAGAUCACUUUUUUUCUGCAAGGCCUCAGUUUGAUGGCGACCGCGACUACGUACACCAAUACGGACACCUUCAUGGGAGGUCUAGUCUUUCACGUAUGCGGCCAGCUCGAGAAUCUCAAAGCGCGUAUCCUAAAUGUGGAAUUUCAUCGCUUCGAGGACUCCCUAUCGGCCAACAUAAUUACACAAGGUCGCAAUUUAUCCAUCGCCCGAUUAAUCUACAUUCUGAUAUCGUUUAUCAAUACGUUCACGCAUAUGUUCCUUCAUUGCGCGGUAGGCGAAUUUUAUGCUUUGAUUGAUUUUUCACUCUCCAUCAAGUGGAACGGAGUUUACGAGGCUGUUUGCCAGUACAAGUGGUACAACCUGAAGUCGAGUCAGGCGAGGAAUCUACUGAUUAUAAUGAGGCAGACCAAGAAACCGCUGUACCUUACUGCAGGAAAGCUCUUUCCUAUGACGAUGGCUACGUUUUGCAGCUUAUUAAAAACAUCGGGCGGUUAUAUAUCGGUCUUAUUGGCACAUCGUAAUUAA